AGAAGGCAGUGAGUAGGACUUUUGGGGGCGCAACCGGUAUUCGAUCGUAAAUGUUUCCAAAGCAUUGCUCGUGUAUUUUGGGGCCACUGAGUUACAGAUAGGUCACUAGGUAAAUACGGCAGGUCGAUUGAUGAGGCAAUAAAUCUUCAUAAACUGGGGUUGUUGGGAUAUUUGCUACGAAUACUCAACCACCUCCUACUUCUAUGGGCGACGUUUUGUAGUGUAGGAGUAGGGUGAAGGAAAGCUGAGAGGCCAAAUUAAGACGUCGUACCAGUCUACAAAGUCAGUGACAAUUAGACUGAGCCAUGUCAACAGGUGUCGACUAUCUGGUUUGGGCCCGCGUGAUUAUCGUACUCGGUGGUCAGAGACUUUGAAUGAUUGGGUCAAAAUUCCUUGGGAUGGCGCAGGUGCAUCCAUUCCUUGUCUCCCCCUGGGUUUUAAGACUUUUCAACUCCCCUUAACUUUUUUAUUCCACUUAUUUUUAUCUUAUUGAGGGAUAUCUCUGAUACUUAUUCUUUUUUAUUACCACUACUGUUACUACUUCUACUACUCUGGAAUUCACCUUAAAGAGUUACAUCUCGCGGAGAUCAGGGUGUGUGACUGCUUUGACCAAUGAACACACACACUAUGCUCUGCGUUGGGCGUAAGUGACUGACUACUCAGUUGCUCACACAAAAAAUGGAGUUGUAUUCAUACCUAGGGCUUAAUAGUCACUAAUCAAGUGUUCUAACUGCUAAGUCACUACCUCACUCAUGAAUCGGGAAGUGAAUCGUAAUAGACCCUACUGUGGUUUUAUUGCACUUUAAUAGCAAUUAGCAAUACGGUCAGCAAAUCGUUUGCAAAUGUUUUGCAACAGCAAAUAACACCCAGUGUGUUGGUGAAGGAAACAGAACUAUUUCCCGUAAAUCCAGAUAUUAUUCUUAGUUCCGUUUUUAACAAAGUUCCUUGUCAAGCGAUUUUCCCUGAUGUUGGAAUUAUUCCUUAAAGAAAAACAGCUCUAGCAAAUAGACAUGAAUUAGUUUUAUUUCGUUACGCUACUUACAAGUCGCAACAUCUUUGAAACUAAUUUUCAAAUAAGUUAACAUAUUUUUUUAGAAGUGAAGCUGAUGAAAAUUUAGCUUGAUGUAGCAAAGAUUCGAAUAAAAAAUACUGGAAAUAAAAAAAUGUAAAAGAAGGUCCUGAUACAUUAGUCCGGGCAUUAAAAGGAGGCUUAGAGCUGAAACUAGGUGGUUACGCAAUCAAGUAAUAAAAUACAAGUCAACGACAACUAAGGAUCAAGCGAAUCAAGUAGUGAGCAGCUGAUAAGAAUCAAACUAAAUCAAACAAAUUCGUGUCAUCCUGCUCAAAUCAUUGCUCUCUUUUCUAGUUAAUAAAGGUAACUAAGUGCAUAAAAUCAUUUCUGUUGAAAAAGUUAGUCGUAGUCUCAAUCCAAAUCACAAGUCCGAUAAACUUUUUUCCUUUAAAUUUCAGAUUUAUUACUUAUUCGGAAUUUGGUGCAUUCGUUAUCUUGAAAAAUGUCCAAUACUGCUUUAACUGCAAUUUCUGUGGCUGUAGGAGUAUUUUUCAUAUUCUUUGGGACGUUAAAACUUGGCCCAUUAUUUUCUGAUGAGCUUUAUCGCAGUGUGGUAAAUUGUUUUCAAGAAAAAUCCUUACUCAAUCUGUUUAACAGAGAAAAAAUUUCAUUAGGAUGUUCAAGACAUUUCCUUUUGGUUCGUUUACUGGUUGGAAUCCGAAUCCUCAUGUAAUUAGACGAGUUUAUGGAACGACUGAAGUUGUCGGUGGUGUUGUACUUGCAGCUUGUUCUGGGAUUGCACAGGAUGUCAGCAAUGUUAUACUACUUGGUCUUAUGCUAUUCCAUCUAUUUAGUAUAUGGCGCGUAGCAGAUGGACUAAAAGAAGCUUCUAAUCUUAUUGUUUUAUGCUUAAUGCUAACAUGCAGAUUUAUUAUACGGAUUCAACUUAUUCAAAAGAAUGAAGAGGUGACGGAAAAUAAUGAAUAUAUUAAAAAUGAUAUAAGAAGACGAAUUGUUCUCCUACAGGAGGAAUUGCAGAAAAUGAACGCUUUUAAUAAUAAUAGUAAUAAUAAUAAUAGCAAUAACACCAAUAAAAUGGAAAACGAUACACACAAAGUAGAAUGACAUUUAUAUAUUUUGGUUCAAUAAAUCAUGACUUUUUCCUAUUGUAAUAUCAAUGCAUUUAUUUUGUUGUCCUUCCA